AUGGAUCGGAAGCUGGAAGUUCCUUCCGAAGCAGAGAUCCUGAGGAUGGAGAUUGCAUCCCUGGUGAACUUGCUCAGGGAGAACCAGUCUGACAUUCUUCAAUUCGACCCUGAGAUCGCGAGGAAGAUCACGUCCCUGAGGAGCGAGAUCGCCUCCGGAUUCAUAUCCAACUCCGAGCAUGUAUAUUUGCCCCACGGCGGUGAGGAUGAGGGCGAGCGCCUAAACUGCUUAUUCAGUUAUAUAUUGCAACGGACGGAUGCCUUGUGCGACGAGAUGGCAUCCAUGGCAUCUUUUCUGGCCAAAAUCAGUAUCCCCGUUAUCUCCUAUUACAAGGUCUUCGAUCAGUUAAACGCGGCGCAGAGGUUAUCUAAGAUCUCCCUGGAUAUAUUACAUUCAACCGCGAAUGCAGAUAAAAAGAUGGCUGACCAAAAUGUUGAGGACCAGAGGGCCGAAGAGGACAAAGGCAAAUCCAGCACCCACUGUUUUGAGAACCAGGGAACCAAGCAACAUGUGGAUGCAUCUGUAACAGAUCAGACAAUGGGCCUUUGUAAAUCAAACAUGGAAACGCCGCAGAUGGCUGCCUACUGUCCUGAUGGCCAGAUGACUGAUGAGGAGGAUGAACAUUUCGUGGCAGCGGAUCCUAUAAGUGGCCUUUGUGACCAGGCGACUGUCCACUCUCACGAGAACCAGAGUACCACGGAGUACAUGGAGAUGGUUGAUCCCAUGACAGAUGAAGGCCAAUCAAGCACGGAGACGCAUGCGUCGAGGAUGAUGGACGGGGGCAAUUCAAGCAGCGAAGGCAAAUCAAGCAAUGAAGGCCAAUCAAGUACGGAGACGCAUGCAUCGAGGGUGAUGGACGAGGGCAAUUCAAGCAAUGAAGGCAAAUCAAGCAACGAAAGCAAAUCAAGCACAAAGGCAGUGGUGAUGGUGCUGGAUUCCGAUGAGGAGCAUGAAGUGCAGGGUAUGACCAUGGAGAUGCGCAAAUAUUUGAAGAUGCUCGAAUGUGAGGAGGAGGAGGAGGAGGGGAAGAUGACCCCGGAGGAUUUAGCGAUGGCUGACCAAUUUGAGAAGGAGCUAUUAGAGAUGGAAGCCAACUUUCUCAAAGUCCAGGAGCAGGAUGAUAAGGACACGCCAAACUGGAUCUCUGUCUCACAUCAGGAUGAGGCAGAGGAGAUGGAGUUGGAGGACAGGUUGUUUGCUAGACGCCGUAAAGGCUGGGAAUCUGCAUGGGGAGACCGCAGUGACUUCGAAGACUUGACCUUAUUGAGUCCUAUGCACUUUACACAUUGCACGCUGGGACUGAUCCCCUACACUGCUAGCACUGUGAGCGCCUUGCAGAUCUACUCUGUCAAGAUUGUUGAAACAAAGGGAAAGUUGAAGUGGCCACUCUAUGUCUAUGGGGUCGUCGCUGCCCGAGAUGCCGUAGAUCACAACCGUAACAUUCUCUUCUCUCGGCAAAGGGAAGACUACCAAGAACUCACUCUAGAGGAUCCUUUUUUGCACUUGACUGGCCCGUCUCGUGCGAUUGUGGCUGUGGACAAUGUUGACUUCGAAAUCCAACUCAAAGUAAAGGGCACAACAUGGUCUGGUGACAAAGCAUUGAUCAGUCACUUCCAGACCUACCCCGGUGAUCGUGAAGGUUUAGAUACAGCGCUCUUUAGCAACUCCUUUUGCACGAUAGAGUUAUGUUUUGAGCGACUUACAGAAACCGUCCAGGCUACUAUCUUGAGUGUCUGUGUUGUUGAAGGGUGGCCAUCACCUUUUGAAUACGGCGGCCGGAUUAUGUGCUCCUCACCACCACAGGAAGUUAAGGACCCCCUAUCCAGGCAUGUUGUGUUGGUUGAUUCUCAUGAUUUUGAUGGAGAAAUGCCAAUGGGCUCAGCUGGUUACGUUGAUCUGUCAAGGCAUGUUGUUUCUGUAGAACUGGGACAUAACCUGCAAUUUGUCAUACAAGCUUACUCACAGUCUGGUGCCAUUGCUAGGCAAAGCCGUCUCACGUUUAGGACCAAAUAUUGCAACAUAAGUCGAGGUAUAUGUGAGAUUGGUGACUCUAAGGUGGAGAUUACUGUUGCUUGGUCCCAGCUUAUCAAGAGCAAGAUGGAAAUCCUCUAA